UCGUGCUGGACAACCCUGUUUAUGGCAAUAUUUGAAAUCUUUUGUGAGGAAAAGAUUCACCUGAGAUGUUUAUUUUAAUGAAUUAAUGGCAAGAAUUCAGGAAUAAUGCUAUGUCGCGUGAAAUACAAUCGAUUGGCGGAGAAAUUGGGGAAUUUCAUUGAAGUGCGAGAAAAGUGAAAUUUUCUGUCAAUUUUUCCAUUGGACAACCCUCCUUAUUAUGGCGUGUCAGUCGGAGUUUUGUAUGUGGGUUUAUUUGAGAAGGUGAUAUUUUGCGAUUAUCCCAAUUUUGUGCUCGUAAAACCCACUUAUUUUCGUGAAAACUCUCGCGGGAGUCCACGUCGGACGUGCAGGCAGUCUCGCUCGCUGGAACAUGAUUGCGUGCAGUGACUGAGAGUGAACGCAGCCAUGAAUCCGGAAUUCGAGGAGCGCAUCCUCAAGCACUACAGCCCCACGUCGAGGCGCCUGAGUGAGAACAGUGGCUCGCCACUGGACAGAUUCAUUCCGUGUCGCGUGAACAACAACUGGCAGACGAACUUCGCCACUGUGACCAAGUCCGGAGAUGCCACGACGCCGAGCAGUGGCAAGAAGCAUCGCGACUAUGGGGACUCGAUGAGGGACAGCGUGGCGUACUCGUGCCUGCUGCGGAAUGAGCUCCUGGGCGGCACAAUUGACGACGUGAAGUGCGUGGAUGAUUCCACGCCCACGAAGCAUCAGGCGCUGAGCGCCAAGAGGACACUGUUCAAGUACCAGGCAGAGGAGGACACCAGCGAGCUGUGCUCCUACUCGCUGUCGCCCAUCAGUGCCAAGAGCCAGAAGCUCCUGCGGUCGCCCAAGAAGGCCAUGCGGAAGAUCUCCCGGAUCCCCUUCAAGGUGCUGGACGCGCCGGAGCUGCAGGAUGACUUCUACCUCAACCUCGUGGACUGGUCCAAUCUGAACGUGCUGGCCGUGGGCCUGGGCAGCUGCGUGUACUUGUGGAGUGCGUGCACGAGCCAAGUCACUCGCCUCUGUGAUCUCCAUGCGGACAGCAACUCCGUGACGUCGGUGUCGUGGAACGAGCGCGGCACGUAUGUGGCCGUGGGCACGCAUCACGGCUACGUGACGGUGUGGGACGUGGCGGCCAACAAGCAGGUGAACAAGCUGAUGGGCCACUCGGCGCGCGUGGGCGCGUUGGCGUGGAAUGGCGACAUCCUGUCCAGCGGCAGUCGCGACAGGCUAAUCAUGCAGCGUGACACGCGCACGGGCUCCGCCGUGCCGGAGCGCCGGCUCACGGGGCACAGGCAGGAGGUGUGCGGCCUGAAGUGGUCGCCGGACAACCAGUAUCUGGCCAGCGGCGGCAACGACAAUCGGCUGUACGUGUGGAAUCAGCACGCGCUGACGCCCGUGCAGUCGUACUCGGAGCACAUGGCGGCCGUGAAGGCCAUCGCGUGGUCGCCACACCAUCACGGGCUGCUGGCGAGUGGCGGCGGCACGGCGGACAGGUGCAUUCGCUUCUGGAAUACGCUCACGGGACAGCCGAUGCAGUGUGUCGACACGGGAUCGCAAGUGUGCAACCUGGCGUGGUCGAAGCACUCCUCAGAGUUGGUCUCCACGCACGGAUACUCGCAGAAUCAGAUCCUGGUGUGGAAGUAUCCGUCGCUGACGCAAGUGGCCAAGCUCACGGGUCACUCGUAUCGCGUGCUGUACUUGGCCCUCAGUCCUGACGGUGAGGCGAUCGUGACGGGCGCUGGCGAUGAGACGCUGCGCUUCUGGAAUGUGUUCAGCAAAGUGCGCAGCCAGAAGGAGAACAAGAGUCUCCUCAAUCUAUUCUCGUCCAUCAGAUAGGAAAAAUUAUCCC